AUGAAUGGAAUCAAUUUAAAUUUGAAAUAGGAAAUUCAAAAUAAACCAGUUUGGAUAAUCAAAUAGACUUUCCACAAUAGUUAUAAAGAAGGAAUCAGAGAGGGAUUCGCUAAGCUUACCUGCAGGACUGAUAAUUCUGGAAGAAAGCAAAAUUGGAUUUUAGAGGAGAAAUAGGGGAUUGAAUAUGAAUAGGAAGUUUUAGUUGAUUUGAUUUUAAAAUUUAAGAUUUUAUUUUGCUUUAAAAUGUCUUAAAAGAAGCCACAAAUGCAAGUUGAAUAAAAGGUUCCAGAAAACAUAGUGAAGAAGAAUGCAAGAGACACCAAAUUGAGAGAAGCUGUUGCUAAGAGAAGAACAGAGAGAUUGGCUGCAAACAAAACAAGAAGAGCUUAAUGGGAAAAGACUGCUUAAGCUUAUGAAAACGAAUACAAAGCUGCUGAUAAGAACCUAGUUGAUAGCUUACGUAAGGCAAAGACUGAAGGUGGAUUCUAUGUACCAGCAGAAUCUAAAUUGAUCUUGGUGGUAAGAAUCAGAGGUAUCAACACCUUGAAUCCUCAAGUCAGAUAAACUUUGAGACUUUUGAAAUUGAGAUAACUUCACAAUGCAGCCUUUGUCAGAGUCAACAAGGCUACAAUUGAAAUGAUCAGAAAGGUUGAGCCAUAUGUGACCUAUGGAUAUCCAUCAAGAGCUGUCAUCAAGAAUCUGAUUUACAAGAGAGGAUAUGCCAAAAUUAAUGGUCAAAGAAUUCCAAUCACAAACAACAACAUUAUUGAAUAAUCAUUAGGAAAAGUCGGAAUUCACAGCAUUGAAGAUCUCGUCCAUGAGAUUGUUACAGUAGGAGCUCAUUUCAAGGAAGCAAACAGAUUUUUGUGGGCAUUCAAAUUGAGAGGACCAAGAGGUGGCUUUAUUGCUAAGAGAAGAUCAUUCAUCAAUUAAGGUGAUUGGGGAAACAGAGAAGAUCUCAUCAAUGAUCUUGUCAAGAGAAUGAUUUGAUUGAACAUUAAUUAUAUAUACAUUAAUAAAAAAUAUCAAUUAUUUAACAAAGUUUUCAUAUUAUAU